CCUUCUUUUUCCUCCUUCCUGUUUUGGCUGCGGGGCUGGAAGGAUAAUGGACGGCGCCGGGACUUGAGAACGGCAGAGCGGUGUGGGUGAUAGAGCGGCCGCUGCCCGCCAUGGCGGAGGAUCUGGAGCUGGAAAGGAAGGCAGUGGAUGAGCUUUUAAAAGAAGCCAAGCGUGGAAAAACCAGAGCAGAAACUAUGGGGCCUAUGGGCUGGAUGAAGUGCCCUCUAGCCAGCACAAAUAAAAGAUUCCUUAUGAAUACUAUUAAGAACACGUUACAGUCUGCGAAAGAGCCAGACGAGGGACAGAAGCAUGAGGAAGACGACAAGGAAGACGAACCAAGCCUGAGCAAGGAAGAGAUGAAACCAAAGAGACACAGAUUGCACCCUUACACACCUAGUUUUCGGGCUAGGAGAAGGGUCAGCUGUUCACCUCCGAGGCAUCGGAACAGGAACCGGCACACACAGGAGAAGUAUGAAAAGCAGUCCAGCAAGUGAUGAAGAAGAUGUGCUGUGUUAAGGCAGGAGUGUCAUUAAACACUGAAUGGGGGAGAUGGUCAUCUGAAGUUGUCAUGUUUUAAAAAAACAGAUUGCGUAGUUCUUUACUGUUUUUCUCCCUCCCUAAUUAAACUCUCCUCUGAUAGUUGUAUAUCUGUGCUUAGCACAAGUUUUGACUAUGCCUAAGUCCUUAGAAGUAAAGGGGUUUAGGAGAAUCUCACUGAUUAGGAUGGCACUGUUAGAAACAUCACCGUUCGAUUAACAUAGAUAAAUUUGCAUUGUGUAUAUAUGAAAAAGCUUUGCAUUGUCUCUUUAAAAGCUUCAUAAACCCUCUUUGGUUUUAAAGUGUUUCUGUUCCAUGGGCAAGGGAAGCUGGAAACUCUUCUUCGCCCUCAUAUAACUGAGUUGGGGGAGAGUAUUGCUUCAAAAUGGAUGGCAUUAAGUGCCAGAGUGUUACAAAUUAAUUUAACUUGCUUUAGAUUUGUUUAAUUUAUACUGCCCUUGUCUAUAGCCCAAGGAGGCAUUUGUCCUGAUAAAGCAUGUUAGCUUGUAUCCUGCUGAACAUAUACACUGACUGAAAGAUUAUUGUCAAUGGAAGACAGCUUUAUUGCCUCCCACUAUAGCCCGAAGUCCCCCAGGGAGAGCCUAAGGGGGGAGCCAGAGGUCUGCCACGGGAGGGAAAAUCAACAGAAAUCCUUUACAGCAGCAGAAAUGUUUGUGGGAUCUAACCCACUAUUUUGCGAGCAUAGAAUAUUCCCCAACUUUGAAAUAAAUGAAGGCAACCUCUAUUUGACCCAGGAUUCUAUAUGCUCAUUAGAGCUUUGUAAAACUUUGGAACAGUCACCGUUAAGAUCCAGUGUGUGAAUUCGGCUCUCACAGUUGUGCAUCUGACUGGUCAAUUGACAAUAAGUGAACCAUCUAAUAAGUACAACACCUAUGUAUUGCUUUUUCUCUGCUGAGCAGCUAUAUGGUGAAGAAUGUUAAUUCUAAAAAUUAAGCUUUACUACUUAAGGGUCUAAACAAAACAGUAUAGGAAGUUGCCUCUUGAAUUUGGGUUGCUGUUAUGAUAGAGUUGUACCAUAGAGUUCUAAAUGCUUCUUCUCUUCUGGUAAUUGACAUUUGUCAUUACUUUGUUCUGUGGAAUUAUCCAUUGACAUUUACAGGCUUUAGAUAUGGUUUAUCUAGUGAGUGUGUGAUUGUUUUCAGUGAGUUAAUAUUAAACUUGUACAACUGAACAUGUGUCUAGAAUCUUUCCCCUAAGUUAGACAGGGUUUGGGGGAGUGGCUUACAGUCUCUUACCAAUGAAAAGUUCAGGUAUUAAAUAUCCAAUGCAGAUACAGCAAAUAAAUGUUUUAUAACUCUUUCUGGGAGAUGGGGAGGACUUUAGCUUCAAAAUCGUUAUUUUCUUUUUACAUUUUUACACAGAGACUUCACAGAUUUAACACGAUUCAUAAACCUAAUGUUGGGUUUCAAAUGGACCCCAAUGAAGUCACUUUCACAAAACACCACAUGUCCAGCUCUAAUUCCGUUUAAUAAUUAAAAUAUGCAACAUUGUGUUCUGAAUUACUGUUUACAUAGUAUAGGGGUUCAAAUAUACUAAUUAUUUUGUGGUGAAUUUUACAUUCUCUAUAUCUUCCUCCUGAUCUUGGGCACUGAUUAAGAGAAGACAGAGCCAUCCUAAGCUGGUUUGCUGUCAGGUCUGUUCAGUGGGUCGUAGUUCCCAGUUCCUCAGUUUGCACGAAGGAUCUCUCAUUUGCUGGAUA